AUGGAUUCUCAUGCCUUGCAAGACUUCCAGAGUGCACUCACAUGCUCCAUUUGCAUGAAUUACUUCUUAGAACCUGUCACCAUUGACUGUAGACACACCUUAUGCCAACCCUGCCUCUACUUCUGCUGGGAUGAAGCCCAAACACCCAGGUGCUGCCCUCAUUGUAGAGAAAUAGUUGAGAAGACAGACUACAGGACCAACACUGUCGUCAAGAAGCUGGCCUCUCUUGCCAGACAGGUUAGACCUCCCUCUGUCAGCAGCUCUGGGGAGCAGCUCUGCAGGAGAAAUGGGGAGACAAAGGGGCUCUUCUGCAAGGUGGACAAGAGCCUGCUCUCUGCACCCUGCUCUGAAUCACCUGAACACACGGAUUGCGUGGCGGAGGAGAACAGGGAGAAAAUUGUAAAGAAAAUGGAUCCUUUAUGGCAAAAGACUCAGGAGAUGCAAGAUAAUCUAAAUAAAGAAAUUAGAAAAUCUGAGUCUUUUGUGGACUAUGUCAUUUUAAGGAUGAACAUGAUCAAAGUUCAAUAUCAAAUGAUGCAUCAGUUUCUCCUUGAAGAGGAGAGAUUUCAACUGGRGACACUAGAAAGAGAAGCACAGGAAAUUUUACAGCAACUCAGAAACAGUGCAAUCAGAAUGGCCCAACACAGAGAAAAGCUGAAGGAAAUGUACAGAGAGCUGAUGGAGUUGUGCCACAAAUCUGACAUGGAGUUGCUCCAGGUGACCAAGGAGUUAGGGGACAUAUUUGAAAGGCUUUGUUGCACCCAUUCCUUCUAUGGACUCCAGCCCAGUCCCAAAAAACCUGACAAAGGAGAUUUUCAUAAGAAUCGAGUUGCUGGAGAUGCAGAAGCUCCAGCCAGUGAACCCAGAGCUGUCUUCAUUACACAUCACUGGAAUCUUGGAUAUGCUGAACAAGUUCCGAGGCAUGCUAUUUAUGAUCAGAGCAGUCACAACAAGUAUGCAGGGGAAUCAUUCUUAGGAACUUCUGAUGCUUUGUUUGAUAUUGAAAGCAAAGUGGACUCUUCCAAGGCCUGGGAAGAAGUGAAGAGACAUAUUACUAUUGCAGCCUUCACCAUGCAGAAAUUGGCAGGAACUUUGAGAGAAGUUAAAAACGCCCAGCUGGCAGUGGCCAAAGCCAUUAUUCUGUACUCAGACCCCGCAGACUAUUUUUCUCCUGGUGUACAGUCCUAUCCAGAUGGUUGGAAUCUUCCUAGAGGUGGUGUCCAGCAUGGAAAUAUUUUAAAUCUUAAUGGUGCAGGGGACCCUCUCACCCCUGGCUACCCAACAAAUG